CCUAAAUAACAGCUGGGUCUCGUAAACAUGGCCUUCACGGCGUUGAACAGGGACUUCUCUCGCCUUCUUCGUGCCUCUUUAUUGGCCUAUCACAAAAAUGGAAGAAGAGGGCUCACAUUAUCAGCAGCAAGAAGAUGCUCCAUAUACACCACAGAUCCAAUUGAUGCCAAUGAACCGACCUUUGACAAGAUACUGAUUGCGAACAGAGGAGAAAUUGCUUGUCGUGUCAUCAAAACCGCAAGGAAGAUGGGUAUCAAAACAGUCGCCAUCCACUCUGAUGUCGACUCUAAUGCACCCCACGUGAAGCUUGCUGAUGAGGCAAUCUGUGUGGGAACAGCCCAGGCUCGAGACUCCUACCUACGGAUGGACAGGAUAUUGGAUGCCAUCAAGACCACUGGCUCCCAGGCAGUUCAUCCAGGAUAUGGUUUCCUAAGUGAAAAUGCAGAUUUUGUACAACAGUUGGAAGACAUUGGAGUCACCUUCAUAGGCCCCAAUGCAAAGGCUAUAACGGGCAUGGGUGAUAAGCUUGAGUCCAAAAGGCUUGCCAUGGCAGCUGGAGUCAAUACCAUCCCAGGCUUUGAUGGUAUUGUGAAAGAUGCUGAGGACUGUGUGCGCAUCAGUAACGAUAUUGGAUACCCAGUGAUGAUCAAGGCGUCUGCUGGUGGUGGUGGAAAGGGCAUGCGCAUUGCCUGGAAUGAUGAUGAAGCUCGUGAGGGAUUCAAACUGUCUACACAGGAAGCCGCCUCUAGCUUUGGGGACGACAGAAUACUGGUGGAGAAGUUUGUUGAUAAUCCAAGGCAUAUUGAGAUUCAGGUAUUAGGGGAUAAAUUCGGCAAUGCAAUAUACCUUAAUGAACGUGAGUGCUCUAUCCAGCGUCGAAACCAAAAAGUCAUAGAAGAGGCACCUAGUGUGUUUCUGGAUGAAGCCACAAGGAAAGCUAUGGGAGAGCAGGCUGUGGCACUAGCCAAGCAGAUUGGCUAUUCAUCUGCAGGAACUGUUGAAUUUCUUGUUGACUCCAAGAAGAAUUUCUACUUUCUUGAGAUGAAUACCAGACUGCAGGUGGAACAUCCCAUCACAGAGUGUAUUACAGGUGUUGACCUUGUGCACCAAAUGAUAAGAGUGGCUAAAGGACAUGCCCUGAAAAUUGGCCAAAAUGACGUACCCAUUAGGGGCUGGGCCAUCGAGAGUCGAGUUUAUGCCGAGGAUCCCUUCAAGAACUUCGGCCUCCCAUCUAUUGGUCGGCUGUCAAAAUAUCAGGAACCACUUCAUCUCCCAAAGGUUCGUUGUGACAGUGGCAUUGAAGAGGGAAGUGAAAUUAGCAUAUAUUAUGAUCCAAUGAUCUGUAAGUUAGUGUGCUAUGGAGACAACAGAGAAGAAGCCUUGGAGCGCAGUAUCAAGGCAUUAGAUGCCUAUGUGAUUAGGGGUGUGACGCAUAACAUUCCCCUGCUAAGAGACAUCCUCACUGAGGCACGCUUUGUAUCAGGAAAUAUUUCAACCAAUUACCUUCCUGAGGUUUAUCCUGAUGGCUUUAAGGGGAAGCAACUAGCAUCAAAGGAAAAGGCUGAUCUUACUGCUGUGUUGGCCUCCAUUUAUGUGAAAGAUGCACUUAGGUCCAGAAAUUUUGUGAAUGCAGAAAGGAUUAAAGUCAAUAGCCGAAUCCCUUCAUCGUGGAAUUUAGUUGCUAGAGUUGCUGGUGAAGAUGUACCUUGUGAAGUCAAAUUGGAGGAUGGUACUUUCAAGGUGAAGGUUGAAGGAAGAGUUGUGGCUGUGGACUCCGAGUUUGAUCUUGCUGCUCCCCUUAUUGAAGCUAAUAUUGAUGGGGAACAAGAAACUGUUCAACUCAUUAAACUUGGCUCAGGUGGUGAGAUCAGAAUAAGAUAUAAAGGAACAGCAUUCCAAACCACUGUGGUCACAGAUACAGCCCAUCGCUACCUCUCUUACAUGCCAGAGAAACCCAAGGUUGACCAGAGUAAAGUAGUUUUGUCUCCAAUGCCUGGCUUGGUGAAGUCCAUAGCUUGUGCUCCAGGAGAUAUGGUUGGAGAAGGACAGGAAGUGUGUGUCAUUGAGGCAAUGAAGAUGCAGAACUCCUUGGUUGCUGCAGCCACCGGGAAAGUAAAAGCCGUCCACGUGAAGGAAGGAGAGACAGUCGAAGAGGAGCAAGUUUUAGUCGAGUUAGAGUAGAAUAACAAGAAAGUUUGUGUAGUAUUUGGAGUUCCUGAAUUGGUGUGAGAGCAACAAGAAGUUUUUGUGUAGUGUUUGAGCAAUAGAGAGAUUGUAAGAAAUGCAGCGGUAUUUUGAAGAUUGGCCUUUUAAGAUUCUUUGAUGUUGUGUAACAGUUAUUCAGGUUUUUUAUAAAUUAACUUUGUAUUUUCUGCAUCCAUCAGCUAGGAUUCUAAAUUUAGACUUAUUUCUGAUAUCCGUAAAAGAAUCCUAAUGAGUGAGUAAUCAACAACUAAAGAUGAACUUUGAAGAUAAAUACACACAUAAUAAGAGUGAAUCAAUUUUGCUACUUCACCAGUGUGCAGCUAAUUUUGAAACCUUGUUGAAUUGCUGAUAUCUAAGCAGCACAUCAUCAAUUUAGAAAGUAACGGGUAUUGCUUGGUUUCAUCAAACAAAUGGGUAUAGUUCAAAGUAGGGUAAUCUAUUAUGGACACUAAUGGCUUAAAGAUUGUUUCUACUCACUCGUCAAAAACACACAAUAAGAUGUACAUUAUUGGGCAUUGUGUAGUUUAUAUAUACACAUCUGUGUGACUACUGAAAGCUUUAGAAAUGAUGACUACUGUUAAAUUAAACCUAUUACUGCCGGGUCACGUGUAUGCCAUCAUAACAAACCCCUUGAUCUGC